GCUUCCUGCAGCGCGCCAGGGGGAAAUAUAAACAGCGGCGCCGGGCCAGGCUGGGGAUGCUGCCGCUGGACGGGCCGGGCCGGGGAGCUGAGGCAGCGCUCGGGGCUGAGAGUUGAAGAUGGCAGAGCUGGAAAGCACAGUCAUAAACACCAAUGUAAAACAGAAAGACCCCAGUACAUCACUGGUCAUUGCUGUGACCACCAGAGCCAUCUUCAACCUGGAGGAGGAGCACAAGCUCUACCUGGAGAAGGGCAAGGAGGAGUACACAAGGCACCAGCAGGCCAACCAGGACAAGCCCCUGCCACCAGGCACAGCAUUUGCCUUCAUCCAGGCAGUGCAGUAUGUUAACAAGAAGAUCCUGGAGAGCAAUCCAGCAGAGAGGGACCUCUUUGACAUCGUGGUGCUCUCCAACAACAGCCCAGAGAGCGGCGUGCGCAUCAUCAACAGCGCCAAGCACUACGACCUAGAGAUCUCCAAGUUCUGCUUUGUCAGUGAUGAGGACUCCACACAGUACCUGAAGUCCCACAGCGUCAAGCUGUUCCUCUCAGCUGACAGGACAGAUGUCUGCAACGCCCUCCGGAGAGGGGUCUCAGCGGCGCUCGUCUUCCAGCAAGAGGUGCAGGCCCCCAGCACUCCACUCCGCGUGGUGUUUGACGGGGAUGCCGUGCUCUUCUCCGACGAGACAGACCAGAUCUUCCAGGAGCAGGGCCUGGAGGGGGCAGUGCAGUACGAGUGGGCGAUGGAGUCCGUCCCCAUAGGAGAGGGUCCCCUGAAGGCUUUUGCCAUGCAUCUCGGGAAGAUGCGUAAGAAGUUUGGCCAGGAAGAAUCCCCCAUCCGCACCUACCUGGUGACAGCGCGCAGCGGCAGGGACAUGGGCGUCCGAGCCAUCAAGACGCUCCGGGAAUGGGGUCUGCCCAUCGACGAGGCUUUCUUCAUGGAUGGGGCUCCCAAAGGCCCCAUCCUCGCCCAGAUCCAGCCUCACAUUUUCUUUGAUGAUGGGCUUCAUAACAUCCAAGGGGCCCAGAAUGUGGGGGUACCCUCCGCCUGGGUCCCUUCCUGCUGCUGAUGGGCUGCAGGCCAGCAGUCCUCCCUCCCAGCAACACAGAGGACUGGGUCAGUUGGAGGUAAAACUUCUGGUGGAGAAGGAAAGAUCUCCUAACGUGCAGCAAGCAAAUCUCAGGGAAAGGGGACGAGAGCAUGGACUCCCAUGCAAAGCUUGAUUGGGUAUUUCUGCUCCUGAUAAGAGGUUCUCUACGUCUUAGGAUAAAGCCAAAAGACACAACUGCCCCAGGAUGGGAGGACACCUUUGUUGUGACACUGAGGACUACACCUACCUGCCAUGUAGGACCUGGGGACUUCUCUCAAAGAAAUUAGUGAAGCUAAUGCCUCACACACAAGCAGAAAGAAGCAAGAAAAAAUUGCUAGUUUUGGCUGUGCUCAGACAGUCUCCAAGAUUGAGCAACACAGGAAGGACAUCAGCCUGUUGAGCCGAGUCCAGAGGAGGCAGACCAAGAUGAUUAAAGGGAUAGAGCACCUCUCCUGUGAGGAAAGACUGAAAAAAUUUGUAUUGUUCAGCCUGGAAAAGAGAAGGCUUCAGGGUAACCUAACUACAGCCUUCCAGGACCUGAA